AUGCUAGCAGCGUCAUCAAUGGGUGAUGAGCAUGAAAUGUCGAGUUUGAGGGAGAGGCGAAAGAAGUCCCCUAUAAGCCUUUCUUGUUUCUUCCAACGAAACCAUUCAUUUGAUGGCUCCUCCUCGUCGCCGCGUUCUCCGACGUCGACUCCGAAGAAAUCUCCUUCGGCGUGGAUUCGAUCAAAGGCUCAUGAUUUCCCUGAAAUUAAACACAAAUGCCGGAACCUUAUAUCGCGCAUAGGGCGACAGCGCUGCCAUUCUUCUGCUGAUUUUAGCUAUGAUCCUUUGAGUUACUCCCUCAACUUCGACCAUGAUGAUCAUGCUUACGAAUUUUGUGGCAGCCACCUUUCAGAAAUCACGACCAAGAAUGAUGUCAGUAUUUGA